AUGGUUAACCUGCGACGCCUCCAGCAGCCAAUCACAGAGCCCCGCAGGAAAUGCCUGGAGAGCCUUCCAGCGGGCGGGUCCCAGCCCAGCCCUAGCGCUGCUCCAGGCAGCCCGUGUGGCCUGCACCCACCCAGGCGAGCGCGGCCUCCCGGAGCACAGUGCACCCGGGGCCACAGCAUGGCUGGCCCGGCCCGGCCCGAGCUGGGGCUGCAGCUGGCUGUGGUGGCCCUGCUGGCCGCGCUGGCGGCGUCUGGGACGGCGACCCCACCUGCCCACCUGCUGACCCUGCUGUCCUCGGGCCAGGGUGUUCUGGACCGCGUGGCGCUGGGCGGCCUGUUAAAUACACUGGCGGCCCGUGUGCACUGCACCGACGGGCCGUGUGGAAAGUGCCUGUCUGUGGACGACGCCCUGGCCCUGGGCAGGCCUGAGAAGCCAGGGCUGCCCUCAGGUCCGGCCCUGGAGCCCAGGCACGUUGCCCGCCUCAGUGCGGCCGCCGUCCUCUACCUCAGCAACCCCGAGGGCACCUGCGCCGAUGUCCGGGCUGGCCGCUGGGCCUCCCGUGCUGACCGGCUCCUGGCCCUGCUCGAGAGCCCCGAGGCCCUGGCCCCCGGCCUGACCAGGCUGCUGCAGGGCAUUCAGGCCCAGGCCGCUGGCCGGUCCACUUCCGGGGAGGCUUGUGUGGACCUGCCGCAGCUGCUGGAGGAGGCGGCGGGGGUGGGGGGUCCCGGCAGCCCCGGGCCGGUGCUGGCUGCCCUGCUGGACCACGUCAGGAGCGGCUCCUGCUUCCGAACCCUACCGCCCCCCCAGUACUUCGUGGACUACGUGUUCCAACAGCACAGCAGCGAAAACCCCAACAUCACCCUGGCUGAGCUGGAGGCCUUGAUGCAGCGCCUGGGGGUGGGCAGAGCGACUGACCCCCAUGGUGACCACGGCGAUCUGGGAAAGGGGGCCGCCCCCAACAGCAGCUCCAGUGUGUGGGACACAGUAUGCCUGAGUGCUGGAGAUGUGCUGGCUGUGUAUGGGCUGUCUGAGCAGGCUGGGGUGACACCGGAGGCCUGGGUCCAGCUGAGCCCUGCGCUGCUCCAGCAGCAACUGAGUGGGGCCUGCAGCCGCCCGCCCGAGCAGCCCACCCAGGACCAGCUCGGCCAGGCAGAGAGGUACCUCUACGGCUCCCUGGCCACACUGCUCAUCUGCCUCUGCUCCAUUUUCGGGCUCCUGCUGCUCACCUGUGCGAGAUGCAGCGCUGCCAGCCACUACAUCAUCCAGACCUUCCUGAGCAUGGCUGUGGGCGCGCUCACGGGCGACGCGCUCCUGCACUUGGUGCCUAAGGUGCUGGGGCUGCACGCGCAUGAUGGGGAAGGCCUGGGCUUGCAGCCCACCUGGCGCCUCCUCGCUGCACUAGGUGGCCUUUAUCUCUUCUUCCUGUUUGAGAGCCUCUUCAACCUCUUGCUGCCCCUGGACCCUGAGGACCCAAAGGACGGGCACUGCAGCCACGGCCACAGUCACGGCGGCCACAGCCAUGGCAUGCCUCUGCAGCUAGCGUCGAGCGAUCUCCGGCCUCCCAAGCAGCCCCACGAGGGCUCCCGCGCAGACCUGGUGGCAGAGGAGAGCCCCGAGCUGCUGAGCCCGGAGCCCCGGAGGCUGAGCCCAGAGCUGAGACUGCUGCCCUACGUGAUCACGCUGGGCGACGCCGUGCACAACUUCGCCGACGGUCUGGCCGUGGGCGCAGCCUUCUUGUCCUCCUGGAAGACGGGGCUGGCCACCUCGCUGGCCGUGUUCUGCCACGAAGUGCCGCACGAGCUGGGGGACUUCGCGGCCCUGCUGCACGCGGGGCUGUCGGUGCGCCACGCGCUUCUGCUGAACUUGGCCUCGGGGCUCACGGCCUUCAUCGGCCUCUACGUGGCGCUCGCGGUAGGCGUCAGCGAAGACGGCGAGACCUGGAUCCUCGCCGUGGCCACCGGCCUCUUCCUCUACGUGGCGCUCUGCGACAUGCUCCCGGCCAUGCUGAACCAGCGGGACCGGCGGCCCUGGCUCCUCUUCCUGCUGCACAACGUGGGCCUGCUGGGCGGCUGGACCGCCCUGCUGCUGCUGUCGCUGUAUGAGGACAACAUCACGCUCUGAUAGCCUCCGCCCCACUCUCGGCCCUCGACUCUGUCUCCUGGCCCUGCGCUAUCUCAGCCCCUUAGAGCCACCGAGCCCCAGGCCUUUUUCGAGCCCCCUCCCCCGUGCCCAGUACGCAGCUUCAAUAAAGACAUUCGUGUCCUUGGAGCCCAGCCUGCUCCCCUGGCUGGGUGGGAAAGGUCUCCCACCGAGAAAGGUUGACAGACUGGGCAGCAUC